UGUCACUCGAAGUAAAUAUUGAUUUUUUGAAAGGCUAUUUAAAUUUAUAAUAUUCUGGAAAAAUGGAUUUGGAAAAUAAAGAAAACCAAUCUGAAACCAUUGAGUCAUUAACCAAAGAAGCUGAAACGUUAAAAAAGAAACUGGAAGAUGAGCGGCAGAAACUGAACGACGUUACACUGGCCCAAGUAGCCGAAAGACUAGAUAUUAUAAAUUACAUGAACAUUAAACCAAGAAGAACACUGAAAGGUCACCAAGCUAAGGUUCUAUGUUCAGAUUGGUCGCCUGACAAGCGGCACAUUGUAUCUUCAUCACAGGACGGUAAAAUGAUUAUUUGGGAUGCUUUUACGACUAACAAGGAGCAUGCUGUCACAAUGCCAACUACAUGGGUUAUGGCAUGUGCUUAUGCGCCAUCAGGGAAUUUGGUUGCUUGCGGGGGUUUAGACAAUAAGGUAACAGUUUACCCGCUAAGUUUAGAAGAAGAUGUUUCGUUGAAGAAGAAAACAGUCGGUACGCACACGAGUUACAUGAGCUGCUGUAUUUUUCCCAACUCCGAUCAGCAGAUUUUAACCGGCAGCGGAGACUCCACCUGCGCCCUUUGGGACGUCGAAUCCGGCCAGCUCCUGCAAAGCUUCCACGGCCACUCUUCCGAUGUCAUGGCCAUCGAUUUAGCUCCGUCAGAAACGGGGAAUACCUUUGUAUCGGGUAGUUGCGACAAAAUGGUACUCAUCUGGGACAUGCGUACAGGGAAUUGCGUGCAGUCUUUCGAAGGGCACGAAUCCGAUGUGAAUAGCGUUAAAUUCCAUCCGAGUGGAGAUGCUGUAGGGACAGGAAGCGAUGAUGCCACUUGUCGUUUGUUCGAUUUGAGAGCUGAUAAAGAAAUCGCAAUCUACAGUAAAGAGAGCAUAAUUUUUGGAUCGAACUCUGUUGAUUUCUCAGUUUCAGGUCGUUUACUUUUUGCUGGUUACAAUGAUUAUACAGUUAAUGUGUGGGAUACACUAAAAUGCGCAAGAGUUUGCCUGUUAUAUGGACAUGAAAAUAGAGUAUCAUGCCUUCAAGUUUCUCCAGAUGGCACCGCUUUAUCCACAGGAUCCUGGGAUUAUACUCUGAGGGUAAUUUUUUUUUGUAAAAAUUAUAUAUUCGUUUAAAACUCGUUUGUUUCAGGUUUGGGCAUAAGGAUUUAUUAUAGUUUAUUUAUUUUAACUUUAAGAAUAUUGUACGCUUACCUGACAUGUUGACAAAUAUUUUAUGUAAAGUAUGAAAUCAUUGAAAUCAUUGUAUCUAUAAUGAGCGUUUAACUUUAUGAUAUAUUAAAC